CGUGUCACGUGCCACUCAGUCGGCUUUCAACGGGUGACACGAACACAGCGCUCAGUCAUUCUCUGUGCGGGUGAUAAACAACGCAGAUUAAUCACCGAAUGGCUCCACCUUCACUCUCACUCUGGUCAAAAGCUCCUUAAAUCACUGGACGUAUGAGCUCAGCUCCACCCUGAGAGUUUUUGCGUCUCUUCACUCAGCAGCUCGUGGAAUCAUGGCGAUUAACGCCGACGCGGAGGACUGGGGCGGAGUCGGGAGCAGUGACCCCGGCGAAAGGGCGUGGCUGUUGCAGAGCCCCAGCGUGGAUUCCGUGGAUCACCUGGACGCGGAGAGGAGGCAGAGCAGCGGUGACGGCGGCGUGUCGUCCCUGGGGGCGGUCUUUAUUGUCGUGAAUGCGGCGCUGGGAGCCGGUCUGCUGAAUUUCCCCGCAGCCUUCAACAUGGCGGGCGGAGUUACUGCGGGAGUGAUGCUUCAAAUGUUUAUGCUGAUCUUCAUCAUUACUGGACUGGUGAUUCUCGGCUACUGCUCGCAGGUGAGUAACGAAAGCACGUAUCAGGAGGUCGUCCGGGCCGCGUGCGGCAGAGUCACAGGAGUUUUAUGCGAAGUGGCCAUCGCCAUCUACACCUUCGGCACGUGCAUCGCUUUCUUCAUCGUCAUCGGAGACCAGCUGGAUCGCCUGAUAGCAGUUGCGACGCCCAGCGUUGACGGCGUCUGGUACACUGACCGCAAGUUUACCAUCGUCGUUACCGCAGUCCUGGUCAUUCUCCCUCUGUCCAUCCCCAAAGAGAUCGGCUUUCAGAAAUAUGCCAGUGCGUUGAGUGUGAUGGGAACCUGGUACGUUACCAUAGUAAUCAUCGUGAAGUACAUCUGGCCUGAUAAAGAGGUGACUCCAGGCCACGUGCCCACCAGUUCCGCGUCGUGGACAGCAGUUUUCAACGCCAUGCCGACCAUAUGCUUUGGUUUCCAGUGUCAUGUCAGCUGUGUGCCGGUGUUCAACAGCAUGAGGAGGAAGGAGCUCAAACCCUGGGGACUCGUGGUCACGCUCAGCAUGAUCAUCUGCCUCUUUGUUUACACGGGGACAGGCGUCUGCGGUUACCUGACGUUUGGCUCCAGUGUCAGUCAAGACGUGCUGAUGUCGUAUCCUCCUGACGACAUCGCCGUGGCCAUCGCGAGGGCGUUUAUCGUCGUCUGCGUGAUCACGUCCUACCCCAUUUUACACUUCUGUGGCAGGGCGGUUCUCGAAGGCCUGUGGCUGCGGCUCCAUGGCGAGCAGGUGGAGGUGUGUGUGCGUCGCGAGCAGAGGAGGCGGAUCCUGCAGACCCUGGUGUGGUUUGUCCUCACCCUCGUCCUCGCCCUCUUCAUCCCAGACAUCGGCCGCGUGAUUUCUCUGAUCGGAGGACUCGCGGCCUGUUUUAUCUUCAUCUUCCCGGGUUUGUGUUUGAUGCAAGCGAAGCUUUCAGAGACGGACGACAGAUCUACAAGCUGGCACGGACUGGUGAUCUUCGGUGCUGCCAUGGUUACGAUUGGCGCUUUCAUCUUUGGCCUCACGACGACCAACUCCAUCUACCAGGACGUCAUAAGCUAAGAGGAGAGCGUUUCUCUGCUCUGUGCUGCUAUCACGGACAUGUGGAUAACGGAGAACCUUCUCACGACACUCGCGUUUCAGAUUAAGCAAAUCAAAAGACGAGCAUCGCGGCAUCGGCGUCCUGCUCCGUACAGGAAGUAGAUCAAUCCAAUGUCGAGUGACUCCGGACACUUUUUUUAAAUUAUUUAAUUGUGGUUUAAAAUUUGCACAUUUUAUGCUUUUAUGAUGGUUUUAACUCGCAGUGAGUUCGUGUUGUCAUUCCACAACCUCUGGACCUGCAAUUCAAACAUUCCUGUUUACAAUCUUUACACUAACUCUUAUUUUUGUUUUCAGUGAAACUACAGUCAAUCGUCUGGGCUUAACGUUGGCUCUGCUUAUAUUUGACUCAUUGAUUCACAAUUUUCUCACACCAGGACACAGUAUCAACACUAUCACACUUAUUAUUAUUCUCCUAGUCCUUAAAAUGACAAAAAAAAAAAAAAAUCGCAAAAUCGUCAAGGACCAAAAAAAACCCAAACUUUUGACAUUUGAGACUUUGAAAUCCGAGAAAUUCAAAAUAACUGACAGUUAAUUUAAUAAUGGGUUACUAAUUGAUUAAUCAUCUCAGGUCAUUUAAGUGCUGACUUACUUUUUCCUUCCUUGUGAAUGUCAUGACGUUGAAUGAAUUGUGAACGGUGACUUGACAGUUUUUGCUUCCGGGCUUUUUAAUGAGACAAAGAGUACGGCAGAGGUUUAGUGCCACAUAUGAACAUUUUGGAGACCAAAAUAAAAUGAAAUAAAUAAGCCAGAAUUCCAAAUUAAGUCAUAGAAAACUGCUUAGAAUUCUGGCUUGAAAAAGAAAAAAUAUCUUCACAUGUGGCACUAAUCGUCUUCCGUACGAGAGGAAAGCACAUUUUACAUAAGAUAUUAGUUAGUACUUGAGUUGGUUAACGUGAUUCCAGCUCACAAAAGAUGUUUGAGCCAAAGUGUUUUUUUUUUUUAAAUGUAUUUAUUUUACAUGGACAAUGUACAAUUCCAGUUACUGUAGCUUGUAGCUAAUUUUGCAUUGGUCGUCCCUUGAGCAGGUAAAACAAAUAUUACAGCAAUUUCAUCAAGAACGUAGGUCGGAAAACUUUCCAUGGGAAUUGAUGAGAUUUACCUGGAGAUCCUGCUCUCAUGCGAAAAUAACUAGUGAAGUGCACAGUGAAUGGACGGGAGAUGAGUUCGCGAGGGUCGAGCGAGGACCCUAACUGACCCUGAACUCUACCAGGGAUUAUCAGCAAUAUCAGUUGUAGAGAAAUACUUAGUGUAAUCCACAUUUAAAACAGUUUUUUUUUUUUUUUUAAUUCUUUAUCAAUGUUUUAGGGAACAAAUGGAGUGAAACGAGUCAUUUUACUUUAGUAAAUAAAGGGAUAAAUGGUUAAAAAAGGGAAUUUUUAAACAGAGAAAGGCACCAAAGUUAAAACUAUAGAGCAUCGCUAUAUUUUAUUAAACAUUUCGUGCUAUCAUGUUUUGGUUAGUUUGAACAAUUUUGUGCCAAGUUUGUUUUUCUUUUUUUUACCUCAGCUGAAAAUGUUCUGUUUGUGAGUAACUCAAAACAUAAAAGGAUAUUAUUGAUGAAUUUGGAGUAAAUAAUUUCUGGAGAUGUAAGUCAUGGCCACAUUUUCCAUACCAGAAACCUGAUUUGUUCUAAUGCGUGAAAGUGUGGCUACUUCCCGUUAACGCUAAUGUUUUAAAUAAUGAUUUUAUUCGCUCGAUUUUAAAAAGUCCAACUGUGACUAUUUGUAAUAUAUGUAAAAAGAUGCAAAACAAAUCUUUCGACCCCUAUGACCACCUAAUUUGUAGUGUAUCUUGUUACCUCCAGGUGGCAGCAGCUAUAAGUUAGCUG